AUUAUAUGAAAAAUGUGAUAUUUUGUUGUGUAGGUUUAAUUUAAUUCAUGGUUUUGGUGCCACUGUCUCCAUUUUGUUCACAAAGUACGACGUUUUCCUAAAUGUGUGUAUAAUUUUCAGAAAUGCGAGUGCAUUUUCUGAAACAAACAGGAAGCUCGUUCGCAGAUAAAGUGAUGGACUGAACAUCACCGUACUGAUUUGCCGAGAAGAACGAGCUCUAGCAUCAUAGCUAAGAUGCUGCAAUGUGUGUGUUUUUUUUUUUUUUUCUACGAACACGGCGUUUAUAUUUCUGUGAAGGAUGUGGUUUCUACAGCAGCUUCCUGACACGCUGUGAGGUGUGUGACAACACACAAGAGUUUUUCUCUCUGGCUCUCUGACAAAUCUGUGUGUGUGUGUUUACUCAGGAGGUUCUCUGGGGGUAAAGAGUGCCUGAGAGACCCUUUUCGAUCCUUUUUAGGGAGCUUUGGGGUGAUUAGUUCGGGAGCAAGACGCAAUGGCGUCGCUCCUGAUGCGUUUAUUUCGUGUGGGUGCAGAGAAGAAGAAGAUUCAGCACUAUGAGCACCUACGCAGGGAUGUGGACCCCGGUCAGAGCUGGGACACACUCGGAGAACUCGGGGAUGGAGCGUUUGGGAAAGUCUAUAAGGUUCAAAACAAAGAAAGUGGUGUGUUAGCAGCAGCUAAAGUUAUAGAUGUUCACAGUGAGGAUCAGCUGCAGGAUUACAUCACUGAAAUCAACAUCUUGGCAACCUGUCGCCAUGGCAACAUCAUCUCACUGCUGGAAGCUAUCUACUAUGAAGGAUGGUUAUGGAUCAUCAUUGAGUUUUGUCCUGGUGGAGCGCUGGAUGACAUCAUGUUGGAGCUGGAGCAUGGCCUCUCAGAGCAGCAGAUCAGUGAGGUGUGUUUCCAGACACUGCAGGCUCUCUUUUACCUGCAUCAGCACCACAUCAUCCACCGAGACCUGAAGGCCGGAAACAUUCUGCUCACCAUGGAGGGCCACAUCAAACUUGCUGACUUUGGAGUGUCAGCAAAAAAUGACAACACCCUCCAGAGACGAUCGACUUUCAUCGGGACGCCAUAUUGGAUGGCACCAGAGGUGAUAAUGUGUGAGACAUCGAAGGAGAAUGCGUACUCAUGUAAAUCUGAUAUCUGGUCUCUGGGCAUCACGCUGAUCGAGGCAGCUGAGAUGGAGCCUCCACACCACAAUCUGAACCCCAUGAGAGUGCUGCUGAAGAUCACCAAGUCUUCUCCACCCACACUGACCAACUCUCGAAUAUGGUCAAACCAUUUUCAGGACUUCCUGAAGAGGGCGCUACAGAAAAACCCCGAGUCACGAUGGGGAGCACAGCAACUACUCGCCCACCCAUUCUCAUACGCUGGCCGGAGCGGGCAAACCCUUAAGGAGCUCAUCGCUGAGGCUAAAGCAGAGGUCACUGAGGUCAUAGAGGCAGAGUCUCUUUCAGAUCUGCAUUCCUCUGUGGAUGAACUGACAACCAACACAGAGACACCAGUAAUGCAGGAUCCAGCAAAAGAUGAGUCAGAAAUCCCUCUGACGCCCUCAUGUGAAGAACCCCCUGAGGUUCCUAGUAAUCCCGAGCCAAACAAAGUCCCCAAAGUGACGCGUCGGGCAUCUGGUGCCCUCGAUAAGGCACAGAAGAGAGUGAGGCGUCUGUCUGUUCCGGGAAACCUCCUGUCUUUCCUGACUCGCCGUAAAUCAGGAAUCUGGAAUGAUGAUAUGAAACACCUGGGGAAUCAGGAGCAGCAGGAAGUCACCGUCAGCCACAGCGAAGGAGACUCAGAGAAAAGUCCACAAGAGACAGAGGACAAAAGGAUGGAAAAUGAGGAGAAAGCUGAGGAGGUGAAAGGUGGAUCCGAUCAGAGCCCGGAUAAACCUGCUGGAGAAACAGAAGAGAAACCAAUGCCAGAAAGAGACAUGGAGUGCAAGGACAUCGAUGCAAAUGGUCACAAAGAUGAAGAAGUGCAACAGGAAGAGGAUUUAUCUGAACAGGAAACACUACAGGAUACAGAAGUUAAGAACAGUCUAAAUGCUGAUCAAUCUAAAGAUGAGCAAACGUUUUGGAGAUGUCUUAGGGGACCGGUAGAAAAAGACGACAAGCUUGGAGUAGCUGAUUUGCAAAAUGUUCUGAUCGACACGUUGUGUUUGGAAACCUUAAACAGGAAAUGUGAAACAAAAGAGAGACGUUUACACGAUUAUCUGGAUUUGGCUGGAUAUGGCAAUGCUUCUAAAUUCUCGUCAACAGUGGAGUUAAUCAGAAAGCCGGUUGUGGAAGUGUGUGUUCCGGCUUCUGAGGAAAAGACAAGCGAGGAACGGACAGAGAGUGUAAUGCAGGAGGACGUGACAGAGGAUGGAGAAGGACAAGUUGAUGCUAAAGAGGAGGAGGAACAAAAGAUAGCUGAGGAUGGAGGCAAACAAGAAAAGGAGGUAGAUGUCAGGAACGAAAUAAUGGAAGACACAGUGAAGGAACAACAGUCUGAGAAUGCUGAAAAAACAGUGCGAAUAACUGAUUUAUCGAGCGAAGAAACAGCACAAGCCCAAAAUCAGCAAGAAUCACAACUGAAGGAAGAAACUGCACAAGAUGGACCAUCUGAAGCAGAACCAAAGAAAGAAGAAGCACCAGAAGAGAAGGAGUCCAGACAUGAUGCAAACUCCAACGAGAUCCAGAGUGCAGGAAACAGAAAUGAGGAUAACAACGUAACAACUGACCAUUCAGAUGAGCCUAGGACUCUCACAGAGACUGAUUCUCGGAACGACUCACUUGCAAAUGACACAGCAGAAACGUCAGAGCUUCAGACUGACAGUCCAGCAUGUAGCGAGACACAGAGAGAGGAAUUGAGCUCAGAAAAGACCAAUGGUGUUUGUUUAGACAAAAAGCUUACCAAAACCACCAAGCAGGUUAGCUUUGCACAUGCGCACGAACAAGUGGAACUGACCGAAAAGUCUCACAGCAUCUUGAACGGCAACUCAAAUGCAGAAGCACCUCACACCGAGUCAAAUGGUUUACUACAUCAUAACAUUAAUCAGCACAACGACGAGUCAGCGCUUUCACCACUAAAUGAAACGAAUUUACCUGUGGGCCGAAAAACGGUGAAGAAAACACGAAGAUUUAUGGUGGACGGGCGCGAGGUGAGCGUCACCACAUCAAAAGUAAUCAGCGAGAGAAAUGAUAAAGAACAGCAGAUGCGCUCAAUCAGGCGGCAGGAGUUGCAUGCUCUGAAACUGCUGCAGCGAGAGGAGCAGCGAGAGUUCACACAGCUGGAACAAAAACUACAGCAACAGAGAGAGCUGAUGUUCCGUCAUAUUGAACAGGAAAUGAGUAGUAAGAAGCAGUACUACGAUGGUGAACUGCAGCGUCUGGAGAAACAGUAUGAACAGCAGAGCCAAAAAAUAGAGACCGAGCACACGGCGCGUCUCCGGGAGGAAGCAAGACGUCUCAAAUCUCAGCAAGAGAAAGAGCUCCGAGCCCUUAAAAUGGACGCUAAAGAGGAGCAGCGUUUCCUGCAGAAGCAGCAGCAGGAGCUGAAUGAAGCGCUACAGAAAGGCGUACAGGAACACAAGAGGAAAGUGGCUUCCAUGGAGUGGGACAUCACUGUCAAAUCUCAGCAGCUCAAGAGAGCACGUGAGUCAGUGAUCUGGGAACUGGAACAGCGCCACCUGCAGGAGAAAUAUCAUUUAUUUAAGCAGCAGGUGAAGGAGCAGUACUCUCUACAGAGACAGCAGCUCAGCCGGAGACACAGCAAGGAUGUGGAGCGCGUGUCCCGAUUCCAGCUGGGCCUAAUGGAUGAGCAGAAGUCUUCUCAGGCUCAGGAAAGGACUCAACUCCAAAGGGCGCAACGUGCUGAGGUCAAAGGUCGCUUAAAUCGGUUUAGGCAAGAUCUGAGGAGGCAGGGGUUGAGCGGAGCCGAGCAGAGACAGAAACUCACACAGUUUAUGUCUGAGGAGGAGAGCAGGCAGAAGCAGGAGUUCAAGACUCUUCAGGAGAAUCAGGAGAUCCAGUUAAAGGAACUGCAAGAUCAGUGCGACUCCAACAUCACUGAGCUCCAUCAGCUACAGAAUGAGAAACUACAGCUUCUGGUGGAUAUGGAGAAGAAGAAGAUCAAAAGGUUGGAAGACGAGCACACACUGGAACUGAACGAAUGGAGAGAUAAACUAGCCUGCAGGAAAGAGGCACUGGAAGAAGACCUGGCUCGUAGAAAGAGAGAAUGUGAAGGAACAAGAAGACGAAGCGAACCAGAAGCCCGAUACGCUCGCCGCUCCAGAUUCUUCCCAAACCUCAGUUUUAACUGACCAACUCAACUUUAUGUGUUUAUGUAUAUACGCUCUAAAUGCACUCCGAUCACGUGGAACUGCGGCUUCUUCUGAUACGAACACAGAGCUGCAUUUCUCCAUUACUGCCAUGGAAGCCAGUGUGAAGUGGGAGGGUUGAGCGAUAUGAGCAAAAUACAUUACAAUACUCAUACAUGACAAAUUUUCAUAAUGCAUUCUAUUGAAAAAGAAAGAAAGUCAGUAUUAUAUCACGCCACAUCAAUCAUCCCUACUGUGACCUUCAGCACACCACUGAUGGCUUUCACGUAUAUAGUGUAAAUGUAGUAAAUAUAUACUGUAUGUGUAUAUAGAUGUGUCUGAUACGGUGAAUGUAAAUAACCCGACUGUGUGGCUUGAGAUUUGUACUAUUUUUAGUUUGUGGUAAAACUAUGCACAUGUCAGUGCAGUGAUGCUGCACUGUGUAUAUACCAAAAAUAUCUGACUCAUUUUGAUAUCAGCGAGUCAAAAUGACGUGACAUCACUUCCUCUUGGACAAUGAUACUUGUAUCUUCCUGUGUUUCAUAAUUAUUUUCAACACAAUCUCAUUAGCAUGUCCUGAUUUGAGGCAGCGCUUAAGUGAAAUUCAGUUUCACUUGCAUCAUAUGACAUAGCAACUCUCACUGGCCUUAAUUACACAAUAAAAAAAAAAAUAGUCUAACUAAUAUUGAAUGUGACUACUUGUUUGAAUUACACAAUACAGUAGAGGUCAUGCUGACUAGUGGCUCCUGGCAGUAACAAAACAGUGUUUUUGCUAGCUAGCUAGCAGGCUAACAUUCACACAGUGUGUUUAGGUGCCUGACUAGCUUAUCUGAUAGAGCGGACCUAUUUUGUUGUGUAAUUACACCCAGUGUUUUCGGACAAAAAUGGAAAAAUUUAAGUUUGUUAUAAACUUUAAUGAAAUGCAGCCUGUUCAACUAUUCUGUCAAUUAGAAACGUAUCAAACUGAGACUGAGAUAUUUUCAAUUUUAUACCAAUUCAAUUCUCUGAAGUGAUACUGUUUACACUACUGCCAUUUAUUUUG